AUGGCUGCUAUCGAGGGGCUUACAGUGACGCAGAACGUCGACCUUCAGGGCGUCAAUGUCGGCGACCUCAUCUUCGUGGAGAAGGUCGAGUACGACUCAGAUGACGACGCGGAGUACGAGAGCGACGAGGAGAAUGAAUCCGAUCGUGAUGAAGACGGCGACGAGUACGGCGAUGAUUCAAGCUCCACCAGCGACGACGAUGAGAGCGAUGCCGACGACGGCGAGUCCGUCAAGCCAACCAUGUACAUCAUCGUAAGCAUCACCAAAGAUGCUGACGAGAUCGUCGACAUCAGCAUCGCACCCUUGGCUUUCAGCGACAAAGUCGGUGCCCAGUAUGGAGGACACAACUACCAUAUCUUCGGAGAUCGGUGCGGGGCAUCCCAUGAAUGCGACGAAACGUGCCCCUUUGCCACUAGUAUCAAACAGGUUGCCUCGGAUGCUUCCGUCUUCUUGGUAAGUCCAACUGGUGACUACAUCAGGAGCGUCAUCAUGUCCCCUCGGCGUUGUUUGGAUACUUGCACGAACGGAUUUCUCGAUAGUCUUUCUUGCCUCAGCGACAUGGUGGAGAACUAUACCCCGGAGAUGUUGGUGUACGAGCAGAGCAAUGCGGGAGUGGUCCCGGCAUUCUUGGAGAAGCCGCUCUGCCCCGUGUGUAUUGGGCCAGGUCUUCUGCAAGAGCAACAAGGUCUUCAACAUGAUUUGUUGGUGAAUAACCUUAUGCGCUUCACGGCAAUUGUCGAUUACCACGGCAUGGUUGCAGCGCGCCGCAAUGCUCUCGGCUAUCAGUUCGUCCAGUUUGAUGAGCGGCGUUGGGGUAUGGCAUUUGGGGACAUGCUCUCGGAGGACCAAGACGGAUAUGACGACGGAGAAUACGAGCACUGGGCAGAGGCCCAAGAUCCUAAUGCCAUCGUGAACCUUCAGCCAGCUUCUAAAGAGACGAUCGCCGCCCUUCCUCGAAAGAAGCGUAGCGAGGUCACAUUCCAGGGAGAAGAUGAGCUGUGCCCGAUCGAUCUACAGUCAUUCGAGAGCGACUGUACACUGCUGCAACUUUCAUGUGGCCACAAGUAUCACGAGGAAUGCCUUGUUCAGUGGCUUCGACACCACAACACUUGUCCGGUUUGCCGUGAAGUUGUCCCCGAUGUCAAUGGCGAGCAAGAGGGCAAGGCGAGGCCAGAGGUUACCUCAGCUGCAAUGCGCAUGAGUCUACAAGAAGCACUCACAUCACUGGGUUCCGCCGAGGAUGCUGAUUUCGAUGCCGUCGACCAAGAGAUGCUGCCUCUCAUCUUCGAGAGCGCACGCGUGGACCGACCGGGCUGGCGUACUGAGACCGCAAUCGCCAGAAUCCAGGCUGAAAUUACUCUUCGUGCUGCUGAUGCAGAGGAGAAUGAGGCUGACGGAGCAGUGCCGAUCCAGAAUGAGAACGAGAACAAGGGCGAGGACGAAGUCAUGGCUGACGAAUAG